ACACCGCUUUUCAUCUUUCUACUGUACAGGAAUAGGUUGUUAAUGAUUGCCCUUGCAGGAUUUCUGUUGUUGACUUGUUUCAUUGUCACUGCUUUGAUCUCCUGGUUCUUCAAACUGCCAAUAGGACUUCACUUUGAUUCCAGGCUGCUUACACAUGAGGUGUACAAUGCACAAUACUACACAAAGCCUUAUUGCCGUUAUGGUCCAUUUUUAAUUGGAAUUAUGUUGGGCAUUUUAUUGCAUCACAGAGAAACAUCUUUGCUGAAAACCAAGGCUUCUGUUCUUGCUGGUUGGCUGUGCUGUCUGGCCACAAUGACUGCUGUGAUAGCAUUUGGAUAUGCACUAGAUGGCUCAAUUGAAUACUACUCUGUCCUUCCUGUGCUGUACCAGGCACUUCACAGAUCUGUAUGGGCUGCUGCAGUUGGGUGGAUCAUACUUGCAUGUGAAGAAGGAUAUGCAGGUUUUAUUCAAAGUUUGCUAUCCAGCAAGUUAUGGAUCCCACUAGCCAAUCUCAGUUAUGCCUGUUUUCUAAUACAUCCUGCUGUCAUAGAAUUGUAUAAUGGGCUGCAGGAGACGCUCCUUCAUUACACAGACAUCAACAUGGUGGAUGCCAGUCAGAUUCGAGCAAAACUGCUUCGAGUUAGGAACAAAUCAACAUUACAAAUUCCCUGCAAGUUGCCUGUCAUCAACCUUCAAAGGCACCUGAACCUCAGAACUCUGAUUCUGUAA